AUGUAUUCUCUUCCCUUUUCGCUCUACGAUUGUGCGUUUUAGUUUCCAAACGUGUUUCGUAUAAACAAGUCCUAUUUGUGUGCCCUCACGUGGCUUGUCUAAAUGGCAGUUUUAUUAAAGCUCUACAUUCAGAGGUAAAUCCUGUGACGUGGCAACACUGGCAUCAACUAAAAAACACACACAGGGAGGGUUACUAUAGUUCAUAUUUUUGGACCGCCCUAGACCCACAGCUCUAAUCCAAUGGUAGCGUUGCCCCAAAGCAAGUGCCCCGUACGAAUGGGGGUCUGAUGAUCCUCUCCUCUUGGGGUGGGUGUGUAAAACCACAGUUCUCUGGCCCGGCUGUCAGAUGCACUCGUGCUCUCACCCUGCAACAUCACGCAAAGCAAUCCCCGGAGCGUCACACAGGAUAUAGUAUUGCUUAACUGAAGUCAACACAAGCCAUAAGAUAUACAUUGAUAUACAAAAAAACCCACAAUACAUUGCAAACGAUUCGUUUGAAUUUGACUAAAUCAUCAAAAAGACUACAUUUCCAAGAUGAACAUGAGGACUACUGUGGUGUGUUUAUUUUUGUUAUGCUUAUUAAAGACCGGGACAGCAAACGUGAACAGCAGUGCCUCGGGAAUUUCAGGCAUCUUGACCAAGCUCUUCCCAGAUGCCCCUGCGUUCAUGGGCAGCAUCAUCGGUGUUCCAGCCGAACCGAACACCAACUUUUUUCUGAAGAGAGGAAGUGAGGAGGACGAUGGCUGCCUCCUCGUGCUGGAGAACCCUGUGUCCCUUGAUGCGUGCGAGUUCAAUGCGUCAGCUAAGACCUUCUUCAUCAUUCACGGGUGGUCGAUGAGCGGCGUGCUGGAGCCGUGGGUGCCCAAGCUGGCCGUGGCGCUCUACAACAACGACCAGAGCGCCAACGUGGUGGUGGUGGAGUGGCUGGGGCGCUCACGGCUUCACUACCCGCUGGCCGUGCAGAACACGCGCGUCGUGGGCAAGGACAUCGCCGCCUUCGUCGACUGGCUGCACAAGCAGACCAACGUGUCGCUGGAGAAAAUACACUUCCUAGGGUACAGCCUUGGUGCUCAUGUCGCCGGAUUUGCUGGCAGCUUCAUCACAAGUCCUGGCAAAAUCGGCCGAAUUACUGGCCUGGACCCGGCGGGGCCGGCCUUCGAGGGAAUGCUCGACGACGAGCGGCUGUCCCCGAACGACGCGCACUUCGUGGACGCAGUGCACACGUUCACGCGGGGCACCCUGGGGCUCAGCAUCGGCAUCCAGCAGCCUGUGGCUCACGCCGACUUCUACCCCAACGGAGGCCACUUCCAGCCGGGCUGCGUGUUCACCAACGCCUACAAGAACAUCGCCGACCUGGGAUUCAUGGGCAUCGUGGAGACUGUGAAGUGUGAGCACGAACGCUCCAUCCACCUGUUCAUCGACUCGCUGCUGCACCCCGACCAGCAGAGCGUGGCCUAUCGCUGCACCGACAUGGGCCGAUUUGAGCGCGGCAUGUGCCUCAGCUGCGGCGGACACCGCUGCAACCGAAUGGGCUACGGUGUGGAGCGCGUGCGGCCCAGGCGCAGCCACAGGCUCUUCCUCCGCACCAGUGCCGUGAUGCCGUUCAAGGUUUAUCACUACCAGCUGAAGGUCCACUUGAUGGGGCUCACCGAGAAGGUCGAGGAGUUUUUGGAACCGGCGCUGAGCGUCUCGCUCUUUGGCACCAAAGGAGAGGCAAACGACCUCAAAAUGUCCACGGUAGAGAAGGUCAGUCCGAACCGAACCUACUCAUUCCUCGUGACGACGGACGUGGAGGUGGGAGAUCUGCUGCAAAUCCGCAUACGCUGGGACAAGACGAGCACCUGGGGCAGUGUCUGGCAGCAGAUGAAAGUUAUUCUGCCGUGGGCGCAAGGAAAGGGCAAAUACGGGAACCAGCUGCUCUUGCGCAAGAUUCGCGUCAAGUCGGGCGAGACGCAGCAGAGGCUUGCGUUCUGCUCGAGCGACUUCAACAAAGUGGAGCUGAGUCCCGAAUUGGAGCAGACCUUCCAGAGGUGUCGAGAGGAGUGGGUUCGGCCUCGCCGUCGGCAUGCCAGAUCUGUCUGAAGGAGAGAUUCAAUGUCAUCCAAGAAAACACGAACUGAGAAGGCUCACGGUGAAGAAUGGAGAAAAAAUGCACGGAGAGGUCAAGUUGAGUUUAACCCCGCCGGGAGCACAGCACACCUUUUUAAAAGCCACCAAAGACUCGCCAACAUCAAAAUUAAACUGCAUUUUUACUUUGAACCGUACUUCGAAACUACAAUACAAACCUGUCAUCCAUAACCGCUUUGCCCAUGGCUAGCAUAGCAUAGUAUUACUGAACGAAUGUAUAUAAACACACACACCUGGAGCCUUAAGUAAGGACAGCCAGAUAUUAACCAAUAUGGUUGGUGGGAGGCAUGCUGUCUUCUCCAUGCAUGCUCUUGCAACUAUAUUGAGUUUGCCUAUUCAUUUGCAGAAUUACAUUGUGCCAAUGACACGGGAAAAAGGGGGCAGACUCGCUCAUGUGAGCUUGCAGAACAAAAGGCAAACAUCUUCCAAAUGGAAUGGCCAAGCCACUUUCAAUUUCUAAUAAUUUAGAGGCAGAAUAAUUUCAACAAAUCAUCCCCAUGUGGGUGUGCCCACCAGACGAAUUGAGCAACCACCUUAUUAUAAAGAAGGCUGUGCUGUAUUUAAAUUGACUUGGUAAAUUAUGUGAUGCCCAUAUUUACAGUGUCGGAAAAAUAUUAAUAACCAAUUGCAUAAAAUAAAACAUACGAAUCAGAUAUCGAUGAAUGAACAGUCUUAACGAAUUUGGUGACUUAAUUUACAGCAACAAGGACCUGGAUUUAUCAAAUACCUUGAUUCAUUUAUACUGAAAUUUAUUUUGUUAAAUUAAUGUUUGAUUAAUAAUUGUGGUACGAAAUGCUAAAAAUCAGCCAACAUAGUUUUAAGCCAAAAUGUUAAUGUUAUUAAUUAAUACUUCUCCCGGUGCAGUCAAAGUAAAUGUGAUAUAAAUGCUAUUUAAUAACGGACACCACAUAUUUCAAAGAUCCAAAACACAUUUGCCGUAGUACAGGAUUAGCAAUUCCAAUUACCGUCCUGAUGAGUGGCAGCUGGCAUCGCAAACGUGGACAACCAGAAUCUGCCCGUCAAACACAGCACUCGAUGACGCCUCCUCUCUCCAAGUCAGUAUCAACAAUUCUACUGGCAAUAGAGCAUCAUGUCCCAUGUUAACGCCAUUGCACGUUAUCAUUGGUCUUGCCUCCCGAUUGUCUUUGAGCUCCCUUCUUAAGUAUAGUGUUGUAUUCACCGUAAGAGCUAUCUGCCAUCCAAUUAAUUCUUACAACCCGACAUUAAUUUCUUUCUUAAGAUUGUCUUUGUUCACUGUGCUCGAAUGCCUUGAAGGCUUCCAAGGGCUACAGACAGUUCAUAUUCCUAUGUCAGUCACUAUUGUUCAAGUCCAGUUGGGUGCACAUUCCUAAUAACGAUGUGAAACAAUGUACAUUAACUGCAUGCACUGAAUUAUGAAUGAGAAAAUAUGGACUGUAUCCUUACCUUGACAUGGGCAAUGCUUGUGCUGGCACGUAACGAUAUUAAAAUAAAUGAUUUUAUCUUCAAAGACUAUUAAUGGUAAUACAAUUGUUUGUUUGCAGAAAAAAGUGUAUUUAAAAAAAAUUGCAACCGUGAACUGAUGUUUGCCCAGAUAGCGGUGUGGUAGAAGCUUUAUGAAAUAUAUGCAAACGUACGCCGUUCGGGUCUUAUUGGACUUGCUGUGAUGUACCGUGGAACUGCUGCGCUCCUCACUGUGAAGGGGCAUUGCCUGCAAAUAACAAUUAACAGUGCCACCUGCAGCCACAUCGCUCAUUCGGGAAGUGUGUUAUUCACAAGAGUACCAUUUGUGCCAAAGUAAAGCAUUCACAUAUAGCCAGCAUCUCCUUCGUCUAUGAAUAGUGAAAGGCAGAAUGCUGUCUCUGGUGUAGGUAAAUCAGUUUCAAAGACAAUGUAUAUAUAAUUAUCAGAGCAUGUUUGUUUGCAUGUUCACUACAAGUACGUGUGGUUAAUGCAGACUUAAUUCCUUGCAAAAGGUUUAUAUUUGGUGUUUGAACAUCUUCACACCUGUUUUAUUGCCAGAAAGGGGUAAAACCUAUUCUUAUUUUUCAUAAUAGUGACAGGCAAUUACAUGUUUUUUUUAAAAGACACUCCUGUUACCACACAAACACCGGAGCUCCAAGCACAAUGUGUAAUGUUACAAAUACUAUUAAAAAAUGCAUUGAAAAUGUGUCACUCAUUUCGCAAAGGCUCCAUGAAGAUAUGUUCUUAGCCAGAAAACAUACGAUCAAAUUAUCAUGUGUGAUUUAAUAAACAAUGUAUUAUUUAUUUUGUUUCAUAUUGGGCCUUAUUCAUGUGCACAUUUUUUACCAGCUUGGUUGGUUAGUGAGGCAUAUCAACAGAGGGGGCAUUAUCUCGUCUGGUAAUCACAUUGAAUCGAUGUGCUCGUCGUUUGGUUAAUUGCCCUGUUAUUAAAGGUCAUCACGUACAAUUGCAGUUCCACUGCUCAUUUUUAAAUACCUUUGCAAAUUAGAAAAAAAAAAUUCCCAUUCUAUUAAAGAAAAUAUUUACAAAAUGUGCUCACUUCCAAUGUAUGUACAUCGUAACAAUACAAUCUGUGCAUCAGACUAAUGAAUCAUUUGCAUCUUCAGCCUGUUUGCAUUUAUUUCGUGCAGCUCCUGGAAACAAAUGUUACAAUAUCUGUCAACACAUUUCAAAAAACGUCAACAUUGUCAGCAGCGUGUAUGUAAUAUUGCACAGUUUUGCUUUCUGGCUUUGUACCAAAAUAAAACGGAAAACAAAAACAUAA